AAUGAAAAAUGGCUUUGGAAGGAAAUAGUAAAAUAACAUAUUGCCACAUUUUGUCUUGUUUCACCUUCUGAAGCUAGAAUCAUGGCUUGGAAUCAUUAUACACUCACUUAGACAAUAGCAAUUCCGCGUUCAAAACCAAAUUAGCAACCUUGUUUCUAUCCUCGAUAGCAAAAAUUGACAGUGGUGGUUCUCACUUUCCAUGGUGGAAUUGGGUUUAUCUUUUCUCCCGGCAAAAGUCGGGAAUACCCCAAUAACCACCCAGCUCAGUUAUCGAAUACCCUGGAAUGAAAAAGGAAGAUUUCUGUCUGCUCAGCUCAGUGGAAUGGCAGUAGGGUUUGACAGUUCUCAGUUAUUUGGUUGCGGUGGUAGUCAGUUGGGCAAUUCAAUACGUGGAAGUCAAAAACUCAGAACUCACUCUAUUGAACAUGUUAAACCUUUUGUUUUCGAUGAUCACCGGUUGAAUUUGGGGGGCUACAGUCAGAAACAGCCGAGAAAUUUCGUACCCAGAAAUGUGGAAAGGAGUUUUCGUUUUUGUGAUCCACUGAAAACCUCAGUUUCGGAUGGUUAUAAGCUCGGUGGUGUGAAUGUCAAAUUAGGGUAUUCGGAAUAUGUUAUGAGGUCAGGUUCCGUCUUGAGUGCAGAGACAGAGAAAAGUGAAGGGUCUGGUAGGGAAGAUUACUAUGAUGCAAUUGUUAUUGGGUCAGGGAUUGGAGGGUUGGUUGCAGCUACACAACUUGCAGUUAAGGGAGCUAGGGUUUUGGUAUUGGAGAAAUAUGUGAUUCCAGGUGGGAGCUCUGGGUAUUAUGAGAGAGAUGGGUACACUUUUGAUGUAGGGUCUUCUGUCAUGUUUGGGUUCAGUGAUAAGGGCAAUUUAAAUUUGAUAACUCAAGCAUUGGCAGCAGUUGGUUGUGAGAUGCAGGUCAUACCUGAUCCUACUACUGUUCAUUUCCAUCUACCAAAUGACCUUUCUGUCCGAGUACAUAGAGAAUACAGUGAUUUCAUUGCAGAACUUACCAGUAAAUUUCCACAUGAAAAGGAAGGAACCCAGCAAUUCUAUGGUGACUGUUGGAAGAUCUUCAAUUCGUUGAACUCCUUGGAACUAAAGUCACUUGAAGAGCCGAUCUACCUAUUUGGACAGUUCUUUCAGAAACCUCUCGAAUGCUUGACCCUUGCCUAUUAUCUGCCUCAAAAUGCUGGAGACAUAGCUCGAAAGUAUAUCAAGGAUCCACAAUUAUUGUCUUUUAUAGAUGCAGAGUGUUUCAUAGUAAGCACAGUUAAGGCUUUGCAAACACCAAUGAUCAAUGCAAGCAUGGUUCUAUGUGACAGACAUUUUGGAGGAAUUAACUACCCCGUUGGUGGUGUUGGUGGAAUUGCAAAGUCCUUAGCAAAAGGACUGGUUGAUCAUGGAAGUGAAAUACUUUACAAGGCAAAUGUCACUGGCAUUAUACUUGAGCAUGGGGAGGCGGUUGGCGUAAGGCUGUCAGAUGGAAGGGAAUUUUUUGCCAAAACCAUAAUAUCAAAUGCUACUAGAUGGGAUACAUUUGGGAAGCUACUAAAAGCAGAAACGCUUCCAGUUGAGGAAGAAAAUUUCCAGAAAGCUUAUGUUAAGGCUCCAUCCUUUCUUUCCAUUCACAUGGGUGUUAAAGCUGGGGUUCUGCCACCUGACACAGAUUGCCACCAUUUUGUGCUUGAGGAUAACUGGACUAGACUGGAGGAGCCUUACGGAAGUAUCUUUUUAAGCAUUCCUACGGUUCUUGAUUCAUCGUUGGCUCCCAGUGGUCACCAUAUUCUUCACAUAUUUACAACUUCUUCAAUAGAAGACUGGGAGGGUCUCCCUCGAAAACAUUAUGAAGCAAAAAAGGAGAUUGUGGCAGAUGAAAUCAUUAACAGGCUGGAGAAAAAAUUGUUUCCAGGGCUCAAAUCGUCUAUUGUUCUUAAGGAGGUGGGGACACCAAAGACGCAUAGACGAUUCCUGGCCCGUGACGAGGGAACUUAUGGACCAAUGCCACGUGGAAAUCCUAAGGGCUUACUGGGAAUGCCAUUUAAUACCACAUCUAUAAAAGGCCUUUAUUGUGUUGGAGAUUCCUGUUUUCCUGGACAAGGUGUAAUAGCUGUUGCUUUCUCAGGAGUUAUGUGUGCUCAUCGAGUAGCUGCUGACAUUGGGCUAGAGAAGAAGUCCUCUGUAUUAGAUGCCGCCCUUCUCCCAUUACUUGGUUGGUUAAGGACAUUGGCAUAAGACAUCAUAUGGAAAGAUGACAUAUCAUGAUACCUUGGUUGGAGGAGCUACUGUAAAGGUGUGAUCUACAGCAGGUUGGAUGAUGGAAACUACUACUGCAAAGCUAUGAUCCAGCAGGUUGAAGUAUAGAAAGUUUCUCUCAUUAGCUUUGCGGUUUUAAUCCUCCAUCGACCUCAAGUGAGGUUCAUAUCACUGGCAAUCAGUCACUUCAGAGAUAUAUCAUAUCAUCCCCGGUUCCGAAUAAGUUUGGUAACUGAAUUCACUAAUGUGCUGCUUCUAGCACUACAAAGAUUUGCUUUAAAUAAUGUUCUUAUUUGAUGUGUAAUAUUGUUGUCACUGGGCUUAGCUUUGCAAUAACAGUUCACGAAAAUACAAUCAAAUUAUUAACUUGGCUUGGCUAGACAAAA